GGCUACAUGAAACUGAAACUUGAUAAUUUAACUUGUGCCAGUGUUUGUUAAUGCUAGUUGUUUCGAGCAAUGCCAUAUUACUCUUAUUCGUUUUUUUCAGUUUUAUAGUAUAUUUUAGCGAUUUUUAAGCAUAAAUACUUAAAUAUUUCCGCUGGUGUAAUUUAAAAAGGAUCAAUUGCACCGUAGUCGGCUGUGCAAUAAAUCAUUUUGACGUUUAAUGACAACAGGGUGACAUUUUCGUAUCAAAAAGGGAAAAUGUAAAUUCAAACUAAUCAAAUAUCUCGAGACCCUAGUAACCGUCUUAGGAAAUGGAAACAGAAACUCUGAGUAACCAUGUUCUAUCUGAAAAUGCCAUGAAAAUAAGUGAUAUACAAGAUUCCGAAUCUGUUAAAAGUUCCUUCGAAAUAAAAGCUCAAAACGCAGUAGCUGAAGAUGAAGUUGAUAAAACUCCACUGGAAACAGAAAGCGAUUAUGAAUGCGAAGAGGAGGAAGAAGCGGAGAAGCUCCUGCUCAGUCCCACUCAUUCGGACAAAUUGUACGAUACCGACGAUGAGCCGUUGACUCCUAUAUUGAAUAAGCAAUCGGACCACAGCAGUGAUGACGAUGAUGAAGAUGAUAAAAAUAAAGCCGAUAACAACGGUAAUGAUGAUGCAGAAGAUGAAAAAUCCACCAAAGAAAUCGACGUAAAUAAUUCGGAUGAUGUUCAUACAACGGAUAAUAUCGAAGACAAACUCGAAUCUAAGGAUACCGUUUUAAAUGAUAAUUCUGAUAAUAAUGCUAUUGAUUCGAAAGAAGUUAAAGAUGAAUCCAACUCGAUGGAUAAUUCGAAUGAAAUUAGUGAUAUCGAUAAAGAAAGGACAGAUAGUAGUGAGAAACCUGUGGAAGAUGGAUCUGUGAUCGAAGGUACCGAGGCAACAACUAAAAAAGAGGUUGCUGUUAAGGAUAAAAAUGAGGCCAAAAGCGUUGAACAAACCGAGGAAAUUUUAGACGAAGAUAUCAGUAUCAUUUCAGAUAGCACAUCGAAUGAUGCAACGAAAUUAAAAGAAACCGAAGGCGAGGACGAUAUAGAAAUGGACGAGGAUUUUGAUCCUUCUCUCUUGUGUCCGGAGCUUUCCAUGGAAGUAGACGAAGCGCCCGUUAUAACCACAAACGACGCUCCGGCCCCGGAUGGCAGCAAAAGCCCUUUACGUUUGUACGAUCCAAUAUUCUCCACGUUCGUGGACGAAAUGACCGGAGCCGAAGUCGACUUCAAUUUAACAACGGAAGAAUUGGAAUUAAAAGCUAAAACUUACGGACUCGACAAUCCCGUGCAAUUUACGAAAAUCCACUGCACCGCGUGCAACGUGCAUUUGGGCAGCGCCCUCGACGGUCAGGGCAACCGUUUCGUCCAUCCCUUGCUGAAGGUGUUGAUUUGCAAGAAGUGCUAUCACUUCUACACGAGCGGCGAGUUCGAAAAGGACGAAGACGGCAGCGAGUUGUAUUGCAGGUGGUGCGGUCAGGGCGGACAGGUGUUGUGCUGUUCCAAUUGCGAAAUGGUCUUUUGCAAGAAAUGUAUCCGAAUCAAUUUCGAUCGCAAGAAGUUGGCCGAUAUACAGAAGAGCGACGAUUGGCUGUGCUUCAGGUGCAAUUCAUCGCAGCUCAUCCACCUUCGCAUACAUUGCGCGGAAUUCAUCGAAUACGUACAAACCGAAUUCCGGCGCGCCGGGACGGCGGACAAUACGAAUUCCCUCAUGCACACGGACCACACUCGGUGCUGCUCGACGCAAAAGAAGCGAUCCCUCGACCACAGCGGCGCCAAUCCGGCCAAAAAACGGCGGCGCUUCGGCGAGGACGAGGAUCCCGACUACGAUCCGAGCAAAGAACGCGAAGCCGCCGCCAACGCCUCCACGCCCAUCGUAAAUCCGGUAGUUCUAACGCCCAGGGCUCCGUUCACGCCUAACUUCAGGCCUACUAUCGUCAGAACUUCCGCCACAGUCGCAAUCAGACCUCGAAUGUCAAUAGUGACCACUCUCAAAAACACGGUGAGAUUGCCGCCGGGCAUCCGCAUAUCGGGCGCCGGUAACGCGGGCGGUACCGCUCCCGUUCGGGCCGCGCGCCCCAAUUCGGGCAUAGUGCCGGGGGCGGCGAUCGCCAUGAAGCACGAGUGGUUCGAGAAGACGGUGCGGGCCGCCGCCCGCGUCAAUUCGAAUCUCUCCUACACGCUGACGCAGCUGAACAGGGCGCAAUCGAACGCGACGAGCAUCGAAGGGCUGGCCGUCGUGCACAAUCGAUUGCAGGAGAUACUGAGCAGCUCGAUCAAUUCGUUGAUACAGAUCAGGAAGAAUUUGCGGACGGAGUUUAUAGCAGGUAUCAAAAACAUUCGGUUUCCCGCCAAGUCGGUGGUGGCGCCAUCUACAUCUAAAGAGAACGACGAUGAUGUGAUUAUAGUAUCGGACGAUCCCCCGCCGCUGGUGUCAGUCGUCGCGACGAACAACAAAAUCACCUUACCGCCAUCGAUUUCUCUGUUAAAAAAAUCCCCAAUUUCCACCCCAUCUGGUGACUCGAAUACCGCCUCCAACGUCGCAUCUUGCACUAAAAUCGCUCGCAUAGCCAGGAAGAAAACCGCCUCUUCGGAGGAGACUAACAAACAAACCAAGGGCGGUUUUUUGAGGGUUAAAUCGUUUUCCGCCCUGCAAAGCGUCACCUCCGAAUGCAUAACGAUACCGGACGAUAACGAAUCGGAGUGCGAUAGCAGGAGCGCUGCAAAUGACCCGGUGGACCCGCUGGAGGUGACCGAAGUCGAGCCGGAGGAUCCGCUUAAGAUCGACAACGGUCAGGCCAACGGGCUGAUGAACGGAUCGGUAACGGGCCGGGAUGGCAAUGGCGAAUGCGAUGAGAAAGAUAAGAAGGUCGCUAAAAAGGUUGAGGAAACCAGUAAAAAGCUGUUGAAAUCCGCGAGGGUUGUGAUGAAGCGCGAGACAAAUAUCCAGACUAAAGAUAACGGUUCGAAAGAGUUAUCGAACGGGGUGAAAAAGUGACGAAAUGCUUGUUGAUGGUUCUCUAUUUUAUGUGAGAUAGGUGUAUAAAGAACUGCGUUUAUAUAGAAAAAUAUCAUUAUUUCAAAUGAUUAAAUUUGCGUACUGAUUAAACCUAUAGGAAAUAAUUGUUAAGAGUAAACAAUUUUUUUUAUUUCAAUUUUUCGAGAUUUAUGUUGUUUUCAAUGUACCGGUAUUUUAAGUUUGUAAAAAGGUGUCCUACGUUCUCGUUGAGAAAAAAAUGGAUUUUGUUAAAUAAAUUUUGACACUCAUUUGUAU